AUGAUUUCUUAAAAGACUUAAAGCUUUUUAUGUGAGCUUCUCUUUGAAAUAGCAAAGGGAGAAAAAUAAGUAGAAGUAGUUCGUCAGUUACUUGGAGAAUAGGACUCCUUUGAGCCUUAUUCAGCUUUUCGUAGAAUAGAUUAGUAAAGAAAAAAAUUCAUAAAUAGUUAUGACAUAAAAGAUUUUUUGAGCGAAAACGGAUUCCCUCAUUCUUUAUAAGAGUGUGAUUUAUUUAUCAAAGCAUAUGAUAUCGAUCAAGAUACUAAGAUUUCCUAUACUGAGUUUUUAAGAGCAGUUUUACCUUAUGACAAUUAAUCUUUAAGAGAAUAAGUCUCUUAGAGACCUCCUUUAGAAAUAAAAAGCAAUGAAAAAUUAUCCUGUGAUGUGGAAUACACUUUAUCUAAAUUAAUUGAUAGGGAAAUACAAUGUAACAUAGCUAUUAUAGAAAAGAAAGCCUUACUUGAAACAAGAUAUGAUUUUAGUGUAGCCGAUUGCUUUAAUACUCUUGAUGUUAAUAAUAAAAAGAUGCUUGAUGGAAGGGAUUUUUAUGCUUUUUUUAGAAAAAACGGUUUAGUUUCUUAUGAAGACGAAAUUAUUUCUUUGCAUAGAAGACUUGACUUUGACUAAGAUGGCUAUAUUUCUUAUGAAGAUUUUUUUUAUGGAAUAUCAAAAUAAGAAACUCUUGAAAAGGCAGAAAGACGUAAUCCUCAUGAGCAUUAAAUAAUUGCAUCUCCUUUUAGAAAAGUUUCUAAAUCUCCUAUUGGUGAAAGAAAAAUAAGCUAGCAAUUUACUCCAAACAGUAGCAUAAAGAAAAAAGCAAAUUAGCUUUCUAGCUCAAAAAAAAAUGUCUAAAUUUUAUCACCAUCUAGAGCAAAAAACUAUUAAAAUUAUAAUAGCGAAUUUUAAAAUUCCCCUGUUAGAGAAAAUUCUCGUUUUAGAACCUCAACUGGCUUUAAACAUUCUCCUGCGAAAUCAAUACUUAAGAAUUCAACUAACAAAAUGGAAAUUGAAAAAAAUUUAUUGAGAAAUGAAUUAAAUUAUUCUAGAGAGUUAGAUUAAAUAUAAUCUUAAUAUGCUUCUAGAAAUUCUGAUUAUAAAGAUGAUCCAAGCUAUCUUAUGAGAAAUAAAAUAAGAGAAUCAUCUAAAGAUGUAAGAAGUGAUCCUUAUAUUUAAGCAAGAGAGAUAUUUGAAAAAGAAAGAGCUAUAGAAGAAGAAAAAUAGAAAAUACUGUUAUAAGAAAAACUAAAAACAAUAGAUUAAGAAGAAAAGUUAAGAAGAGCAAGAGAAUAAGAAGAAUAUGAAUAUUAGAUAUAAAAAAUGAAGGCUAUAGAAAGAGAGUAGUAAAUGAGAUAAAUUGAAAAGGAAAAUCAAAUAAAGCAACAAUAAAUACUUCGUGAAAGGGAACUUUAAAAGCUAAAGUUUGAGAGUGAUUUAAAACAAAGAGAAAAGGAGAGAUAACAAAAGUAAGCAGAAAAUGAAAGAAAAUAUGUUAUAGAAUAAGCAGAUUUUUACAACAAAGAAUAUGAAGAAAAAUAAAGAAAGAUCAUCUAACUUGAAAAAGAGUAGAGAUUAUAAGAGUUAGAAAGAGAGAAAAAAAUUAAUUAAUUAGAAAAGCUUAAAUAGUAGUAAGAAAAAGAAGACAGAGAAAAGAGGCUUAUUGAUGAAGAAAAAGCCAUUUAAGAAUAAAUUGAGUACGAAAGAUACUUGAAAUAAAAAAUUUAAGAUGAAAAAAGAUAUGCAAGUAUUGAGUAAAAUAUAGAAAAAAAUAGAGCAAAUAGACCUUCUAGUUAUAUUAAAAGCAUAGAUAAAAGUAUGGAUCUUUAUAACUAACAUUCACAUCCAUAACCUACUAAUUAUUCUUAAAAAAAAACUGCAAGUUUUGCUGAAAGAUCACCAGUACUCAGUCAAAAAUAUUCCACCCCUAAAAGAUACGACAAUUACGAUGAAAAAAAUACUUUAUAAUACUCUUAAUUAUCUUAAAAUUAUAGAAAUCCAAUUUUAGAAAACAAUAAAGCUUAAAAUGAUCGUGAGCUACAACAUAAAACUCUUUAAAAAUCUCCUUAUUCUAAAUUAUCAUACAGCCAAACAAAUAAAUAUGAUAAACCCUCCUAUACAUCACCAAUAGACUUGAGAGAAACAUCAAAAAAUACGAGAAGUCCAAUAAGCAAUCAUUUAAGUGCUACUAAAGAUAGAGAAUUAGAUAGAAGUGAUUUAUAUAAAAAAUAAAAUUUCUCAACCAGCUAAAAGUAGAACUUGACUUAAUCAAAUAAUAAAAGAAACAACUAUAGCUUGCAAAUAGAGGAUUAAUUGAUAACAUAUUUUUUAGACAUAAUCUAAACAGAAAAGAAAUCUGAAAGAUCCAGAUAAGAUCUAGCAUUACGUCCUGAUUUCAAGUUAGGUGAUAUUUAUAAAAUACUUGAUAAAACUUAGAAAGGAUUUAUCAGCUCAUUAAACUUAGAAGACUUUCUUAAAAAAAUAAACAUUUAGACAUCAAUAAAUGAUAUUUAUCUAUUGAUGAGAAGAUACGAUUUAGAUAACGAUGGACAGCUAAGGUUUACAGAUAUUGCUGAAGCUAUUACUCCAAAGCAAAGUGAAUAUGCAAAGUUAUUGAAUAAAAGAGAAAGCUACUUAGAGGGAGAUAUCCAAAUAGAUGAAGUUUAUUCUUUUGAAACUAUGAAGUUAUUGAAGGAAUUGUUUUUGAUCCUAAUAGAGUCUGAAUAGCUAGUUGAGUAAAUUAGAUAUUCAUUAAAGUAGCAUAGGAAUUUUAGCUUUUAAGAAAGUUUUGGGAUGAUAGAUUAGGAUUAAGAUGGAUUUAUUAACUAAGCCGAGCUUUAACAUUUCUUUGAAAAAAAUAAUGUAUUUUGUAGCGAUAAAGAACUUAAAAUGCUAGUUCAAAGAUUUGAUCUAGAUAGAGAUAACUAGAUAUCAUUUGGAGAGUUCGUACAAGAGCUUUCUCCUAAAUCAAAUAAAAUAUAUUGA